AUGAUUCCAGAUGAAUCAUUCGUUAUGUCUUCAUCAUCAAUCAGAGAUCAUGGAGAAGAAUACGAUAUGAGCACAGGCACUAUACAAACAGGCGCAAGCACAAGCUCCAGUCGAUUACGUCGUUUAGAUAAGUUAGUACUUGAUCAAUCUUCACUACUCGACGAAGAUGAUCAAAUGGACUACAUUACUCAAUUAAGCAACUACAACUUAAAUCAGUACCACACAUAUCGCAAAUGGAUAUUUUAUUUCUACAUUCUUCAGAUUGUCAUCAUUGUAUUGCUCAAUUUCAUAAGCACUGACGUUCAUAACAAGUUGUUGUUGUUACUAAUUUUCCUAUCGGUACUGCUCCACGUAGUAUCGAUACAAGAAUUGCCACGAAAAUAUCAUUACAAUGUAACAAUACUAGGUAAAAAAGUCGAUGUGGUGCUGUUUAUUAGUGUGAUCAAUGUGGUAAUUUCUGCUGAGGUCGGUUACUUGGAUUUUUUCAAGAUCAAAGUUUAUUACUUUGGUGUCUUGAUGAUUUGUAAUAUCUUGUUACCAAGAAUGCACAGAUCCAUGUUUGACCAGAUUGACAAAUCGGUCAAAGAGUUAGAUAAGCUUAAGUACAAAUAUAAGAAUGUAUAG